AUGAACUUGCGUUCUUCGGGUCUACCUUUGCAUAGUCCUUUGAGAACACCACCGAGACGCAUGAUCAACUUUUCAACACCAAUACCGUAUUCACCUGUACACCCAACUGCGGAUUCAGACGAAGAAGGCUUCUACUUAGAGGAAUUCUUUAAUUUAGCACUUGUUAAAGAAGAGAUGGGUGACGAACAACCAAGAGACCCAAAAGACAUGCGUUAUGGUGAUCGGGCCCGCACUAUUCCUAUGGCUCGUGGUUCCGCCAUUAGACCACCGGGUAUUGAUCAAACUUUCAACUUAAAGCCGAAUCAUCUCAAAAGCAUUGAGGAGCAGAAGUUUGAUGGAAAAGUGAAAUGGGAUCCAUACAAGCACUUGGAGAGAUUUGAGAAGUUGGCAUGGCUUUAUCAAUAUGGCCAAAACCAAAUGAAUGCCGUGAAACUUGAGACUUUUCCCAUUACUCUCACCGGAGAUGCAGAAGAUUGGUUUAAUGAUCUUCCCGAGAAUUCCAUUACUAAUUGGGACCAACUUAAGGAAGCUUUUAUCGGUGAGUUUUACUCAGUUAAAAGUCAAAGGAAGUUGAAAAACUUGAUAUGGUCUUUUUUGCAAGAAGAUGGGGAAGAUGUUGUUGAUGCAUGGGACGUCUAUGCUUUUGGUGGUAGUUUCAGCAAGAUCACACCAAACCAAGUUUGUGAGAUUUUGGAGGCUAUGUUAAAGGAUCAUACGAGCAUGGAUGAUCAAAGGUUUUUGAAGAAUGAAAGUCGGUUUAAGAAAGGUACUAAGGAAGGGAAGGUUGCAAGGGUCGAGGUUAGCAACAAUUCUGGAGUUGAUGAAGAGAUUCAGGCUUUAUCUGCUCGUAUGGAUAAGGGAUUUGCAACUCAAGAGUCUCGGUUUGGGUAUCUUGAACAGGAUGUGAAAGUACUUGCUGAUGGAUGUGAUCAUUGUAGUGAGACACAUUAUUCUGAGGAUUUUCCCAACCGGGGACCUGAAGAUGUCAACUAUGUGCAAAAUCAACAAGGAGGCUUCCAGCGCAACACCGGUGAUCCUAAUGCCAAGUUAAGGGAAAUGAUGAAGCAGUUGAUGAGCAAUCAAGUUGAGACAAACACUAGCAUUCAUAAUAUCAGGGAGGACACUAGGGAGUUGAGUGAGAGGUUGGACAAGAUUAAUGGUAAAGUGGAGAUGAACGCUAAGAAUCAGGAUAUCAACUUCAAGGAUCUUGAGAGUAGGAUGGCCGCUGUCACUAGGCCCCAGGGUGCUUUGCCUAGUAACACUCAGCAUAAUCCGAAGCAGAAUCAAGGUCCUAACAAUGGACAGAAGUACACUCCACCUCCAAUUCGUCAGGAGCUAGUAACGGCCAUUAGCACUCGAACAGGUAGAUCGUAUGACCCUCCUCCUAUGCCUAAUGUUGUUGUUUCAGUUGUGCAGGAUUUAGGUAGUGUUGAUACUGAUGUUGAGGAGGAGGUUGAAAUGGAGGAUAAUCCAACUUUGAAGACUCCAGUUACUCCACCGAAACCGGCUGUGAUACCCGAGGCUAAGCCAUACAAGCCCAAGGUUCCAUUUCCACGGCGGUUCAGGAAGGCCAAGUUGAAGGAACAGUAUGAUAAGUUUGUCGAUAUGAUUAAAAAUGUUCACAUUAAUGUUCCAUUGGUUGAUUUGAUUCAGGGAAUGCCCAACUAUGCCCAACUAGUGAAGGCUACAUAUCUUAAUGCUGAGUGUUCUGUUAUCUUGCAGAACCAAAUUCCACCUAAGCUCGAGGAUCCAGGGAGUUUCCUUAUCAUUUGUUCUAUUCGUUCUCUUACUUGUAAGGCACUUGCUGAUUUACGUGCUAGCAUUAAAUUGAUGCCUUACUCGGUUUGGAGUAAGUUGGCUUUGGGAGUUUUGAGACCUACCCGUAUGAGUAUUAGAUUAGCAGACCAUUCUUUCCAGUAUCCCAUUGGGAUUACUGAAAACAUGACUAUCCAGGUAGGCCAUAUUGUGUUUCUUGUUGACUUUGUUAUCCUCGAAAUGGAGGAAGACACGAAGGUACCCCUAAUUCUAGGUAGACCAUUCCUUAAUACCGCGAAUGCUAUCAUCCAGGUGAAAGAUAAGGAAAUUUCUUUGGGUGUGGGUACAGAUAGAAUUGUCUUUAAUGUUGAAAGGUCUAUUAAGCAUGCUUAUUCUACUGAUGAGUCUUGUUUUAGGAUAGAUGUCAUUGAUGAUGCUUUAGACCAAGAAUUUCAGGAACUCAUGGAGACAGAAAUUGAUGAAGAGCUCACUUGCUUAGGAGCUGGAGAUAUUGAUGAUGAUGAGUUGUUUGCAGAGGUUAUGGCACUUAGCUUGGAAGAGACACCUCCAGAGGAUGAGAGCUUUGAGUAG